CCGAGAGCAGCGUCGUCACGCGGCCCAGGUGCCGGGCAGUCGACAUUCGAGCGAGCCAGAAGCCAGGUCUGAGUUGGUCUGAGUCGCAGAGCGAUUGAAAAGCGGGAAGGACAGGAUAUUUCGCGGAAACGAAAAGGUGGAAAUUCACGCUGUAACGAAUUGUAAUAAUGGGACAGGGGUGAUUUCACACGCGGGUGAGUCACGCUGCGACGUACGCUAACCACAUCCGCAACGUACGAUUAUAGGAACAUCCGCACGUCGUGCAACCAAGUAUGCCGAGGAAGCCAGCCAGCCAGCUAGGCGUGCAGGCUGCCGGCUCUCCAUGUCAAGUUAUAUGAAUUAAAGACCGAGGAACGACGCGGGAGUCAUUACGCUGCAGUGAAACACAGCCGGCACGAGGCUGACUGAUUUUAUGGAGUGGUAGUUGUCCGAUUAUCAAUCCACGCGGAGUUUUUUCAUUCUCGUUUAUCACCACCGGGACGUGUCUUGAUUCGGUCCGUGACACGGUUACGCACGCGUUAUUCAUUGAGUGAGGAAGUGUAGAGUUUACGCGAAAGUGCAGUAUUGUGUACCUACCUAAUUUUACUCUGGGUCGGGGGGCCAAAGAUCAAUGCCUCAAUAAUACAGCAAGUUUACGCAUAGGUGUCGCCUAGCACAUGUGACGUGCCUGAAACCUGCGUCUUUGUACGCCCAAAGAGUGAAUUGGCUCAAUAUCCUGCUGCUGCACUCUCUUCUGCAAAUGACCGAUGCAUCGGGGUGUUGAAACGAAAAACGACCCCGCGACAUUGUUGCCAGUCUCUGAGUUUCUACUAGCGAGUGAAGAUAAACCGCUAAAGGCUAUCCAGGAAUUGACAAGCUCCUCGGUGCCGCAUCGCGCAUACUUACUGCAGUAAAUCGAAUAAUGGUAAUUCCAUUUUCGUCGUCAAUGACCACGACCUCCGUACCGGCCGGAAAUUCCGGCGUGGAUCAAGAUUCUAGAAAUCAGAUGACUCCCUCGUUGUACACCAUACCGAAGGAUUAUCCUGACCUAGGAAAAAUGCAGGCGGACUACAAAGAGAACAGGGCAAAGAUGCAGCUAUCAGGGACACAAGGCACAGCUGGUUCAGUAACGUCAUUCGCAGCGGGGUCGUCUCUACCCAGUCCUUCUUCAGUGAGUGAAAAAAAAUCUUGGUGCCGACGAGUGGCUCCUUGCCUCGCUUUUCUCGUUGCAUUUUCCACGGCGAUGGCUUUACUCCUAGUGUGGAGCGAAGAUGCCGACAGGAGGAGGAAGGCCUUCAACAUCAAUAUGACGAAAGAGUACGUACACAGUGUUCCUAUGGAUAACUCUGAACUGGUAACAUACAUCAGGGAAGUUCAUCUCUUGCCAACAACGCAUCAGGAUCCCCUUAAUUCUACGCAGACGGAAGAGGAAAAGUAUCUGUCAAAUUUAUUCCCGGGAAAACGGAACGGAAUUUACCUCGAGUACAUCAAUAGGGUGGGAGCUAUUUCAACUACGACGUGGUUGGAGUCAAAUAUGAACUGGAGAGGAGUUCUGGUUCUGACGGAUCCGCGGAGCUUCUUCGAGGCACACAGAAGCACUAGAAAUACGAAGACAAGAGUUCUACAUGCUUGUCUCAGCACAGAUAAGGAUACCAAAGAGAUAACCUAUCACCAGGAGCCAGAGGUGCAAGUUACCAAACUGGGCGAAGGUCCAAACAGCCUAGUGAAUCCAGAUGAAAGUCUGCCACCAACGAGACUAAAGUGUUUUCCACUGUACAGUGUCUUACUGGCAUAUAAUUGUACAAAUCUGGACUACUUAAAUUUAGACAGCCUAGAUGCUCAAGACGUACAGGUGCUGGAUACGAUUCCGAGGGAAAUGCCGCGAAUUUCCGUCUUAUCUAUUCAAUGGAGCCCGCAUCACAACGAGGUGGAAACAAAACAUUUAAUUCAAAAGCUGACCGAGCGAAGGUACAAACACUUUCACACAACGGAGACUGGAAAGAUGAUAUUUCUUUACAAUAGACUACUCAAAAUUUAAAUAGAAAUUAUUAUAGAAGGCUUUCAAGCCGUGGAAUUUGAUCAUGAAUCUAGACCAGAAUGAGAAACUGAUUCAUACGCUUUCCCAUACCAAAUAAGCGAAAGUCAUACUUUUCAAUUGAUCUUUCUAGAAACGGAUAUAUUAUCCACGCAUGAUGGAAGAAGUAUACAUCUGAUUGUGAGUUAUGCAAAAUUGUGUGAGCAAAAUUCUUAUCGACUCAAGUUUUCGAAUUUGACUGUUUAGAAAUUUUGUUUUUAAUAUUUUGUCUUACAUAAGGAUUUUGAGUUCCUGCAAACGGGAUAAUAUUAAAGUGAUUGCGUAGACGUUUCAGUGUGAUUCGCAUAUGGGUCUAUCGUUGUCAAAUUGAAAAAUCAAAAACCCUUAUCAUGUUUCUUUUUCAUUGGCAAUUUUCCGUAUGGUAGUAUUACCUCUGAUUUUCUGUCGUCAUGUUUUCAGAUUUAUUUUUGAACCGUUGGUGAAUUAUAAAUUUCUUUGAGUUAAAAAUGACGCCUACACCAAUUAUCUUGGGAAAAUUUAUAAGAAUCUAUCAUUCAUGACAAACAUUUACCAACAAGAUUAAAACUGGUGAAUCUCUUAGUGUUUUAUUCAAAUUUUAUCAUAUUUAGUACUUCAGUGAUGAGGGUGACCCAUAAGAAUAAAGAAAUAUCACCAUGAAAAUAAUCAUAUUAGAAAAGAAUGUACUAUAGCAAAAUUUUCUUUCUUUCUUCUGUUGUAAUUGAUUUUUAACAAUAGUAAAUGACGUAUAUGUCACAUCGCAAAAAAAUACAGAUUUUUUUUCAUCCCUACGUGUGCGAAAAAUAGCCUUGAACAAAUUUUUCCCAGGUGGCGAACAGCGUGAGUGAAAAUAUAGGUGGCCAACGAAAUGAUAAUUAUAGGUAUUUAAAUUAUGAUAUUCUUUACGUCACAAUAUUUUGAUUACGUAUUACCGUAACUGGGCACAUGUAGUGAAAAAAUGUUUCUAAAAAGAUUGAGGUUACCAGACAUACUCUUACAUACGAAAGUGUUUACAUAUUAGGUAUUUCAUGCUAACUCGACAGGCGAUUGACCGUGGUAACGUUUUAUUUCGCUGAUUUUUUGUGUCUUUCAGUACCAAUUCAAACUAGUCUCUACAACUUUUUUAGAUUGUUCUCCAAUCGCAUCUUUAGCGAUCAAUUUUUCAAAACUUUUGACUUGAAGGUCUUUAAACUUCGAAUGAAAAUUUGAGCUUAGGCUAUAGAAUAACGUAAUUUUUUUCUUUAACGCACGAACAGUACGAUGGUAUGAAACGAAAUAUACGGUACGGUCUGGUUGAAUUCGGGCAAACUGCGUACCUACUAAUGUUGAUCGAAAUCUGUCAAUUCUUUUGCGUAUGUGGUACCUAUAUGUAAUUUUUUUUAAAGUCGCGCCCCUUGAAGCGACAUGUGUCAAAUUUAAAAUUAAAUUUCAAGUCAGAGUGCUAAAGGGAGCUUAGUGAUUUUUGGUUUUUUUUUUAUCGAUUUUGGAAAAACCAAUUUUCAAGUGGAAAUUAUCAUCUUCAAAACACUUUCAUCAAAUUUGUCGCAUGGUUAUUUUUUUGCGGGAUUAUUGACCAUUAAAAAAUAAAGUGUUUCAAAAAUUGAUCAAAUAUAACAGGCGAGCAAAUCAUAAGUAUAUCAUGUAUGUAAGUUAGAAGUUCGUGACUGUAUUGGUUAUAUGAUUAAAAUUUCGUUGGUAUCGACAGUCAGUGAUGAAAAGAUGCAGUUCAUAGAGAAUGAUGUCUUUAUUACGACGUUUCGGUAGGACCCCGCUUGCCAUCAUCAGGUUUCUUAAAAAUUUUAAAAAGAAAACAAAAAAUAAUAUAUAUAUAAAUUUUACAGAUAUAAAUUUAACAAUUAACACUUUCAAUUAAAAUUAUUACACAUAAAUGCCUCCAAUUAAUUAUUAUUGUUAGGUUGUCAUAAGAUGAUAAAAUAUUACACAGUCACAUUUUUAGACAUUCCUUAGCUUACUAGUUGUUGCUUACAUAGUGUUUCAGAAGGAAGUGACUAUCCGUCUGUCAUUCCGACCCCCUUAAUGUUAAUUAUAACAACAAUGAUCUAAUGUCAUAGACUUGUAUAGAUGGUUAUUGUUGAGCUGGCACUUUGUUUAUAUGACCUUUCUUACAUAUGUUUUUUGCGACUUAUAAAAUAUCUACGUAAAGGUGACUUGGAUUGUCAAUCUCAGUUCUUUUGUUUAUAGUAUUAUUUGUUGAUAUGUGUAUCAUUUCUUUUAUAAUUCUUUUGUGCCAGUUUGUCUCUUUGUCUAAUAUUAUAACAUUUUCAAAAUUGAACUUGUGUCCUUCAACCAAUGCAUGAUACGCUAAUGCCGAUUUGUCUGGAUCAUGUGUUUUGAUAUCGUAUUUAUGAUUAGCGAUCCUUUUUUUUAAGUGUUGCGAAGAUUGGCCUAUGUAGCAUUUUUUGCAAUCUGUGCAAUUGAUCUUAUAAAUAAUAUUGGUUUGUUCAAGCGCAGGUGUUUUUGAUUUUAAACAUGCAAAUAAAUUAUUUAGAGUGUUGGUGAUUUUAUAUGACACAUUGAUCUUUUCCUUACGCACUAUGUCUUUUAUGUUCUGCGACAGGCCUUCAAUAAAGAGAAUGGAUCCUAUACAUUUUUCAUUGUUGUUUGCACAAUUAUCAUCAUUAUAGCUGUUGUAAUGCUUAUCUAUUCUUAGUUCUUGCAGAUGUCUAAUUAAUGUUUUGGGGUAGCCAUUUUUCUUUAGUGUUUCCCGUACUAAGUUUAGAUUUCCUGUUCUAAACUACCCAUUUGACAAUGUAAUGCUUCUAUCCAGUAAACCUAUCGCAACACUUUUUUUACAUUGUAGCGGGUGAUAUCUUAUAUGUGGGAGAGUUUAUGUUUGACACAAUCGGUCUGAGAGGAUGAUCUUUUUUGUGCACCUUAGGUUGAAAAUAUAUUUUUAGUGGUAAUGCGUUAUGUGUUUUAAGCAUUCUACAUGUCUGGUCACUUAUCCCCCCCUUUUUCGCUGUAUUAUUAAUUAUAUAGUUAGUUUGUUUCUCAAUUAUAUUGAUCAUAUCCUUACAUACGUAUACGUACUUUUCAUACGUAUUGGUGUCGUUGAGUAUUUCAUUCGCUUUUUGGUUAUAAUCUUCUCUAAAAAAAAAAAAAAAUUUACUCACACCACCCGCUACAAUAUAAAAAAAAGUGUUGCGAUAGGUUUACUGGAUAGAAGCAUUACAUUGUCAAAUGGGUAGUUUAGAACAGGAAAUCUAAACUUAGUACGGGAAA